AUGCAGGGAGCCUGGGUGCUGCUUCUGCUGCUGGGCCUGAGGCCACAGCUGUCCCUUGGCACCAUCCCAGUUGAGGAGGAGGACCCAGCCUUCUGGAACCGCCAGGCAGCCCAAGCCCUGGAUGCCGCUAAGAAGCUGAAGCCCAUCCAGACGGCUGCUAAGAACCUCAUUCUCUUCUUGGGGGACGGGAUGGGGGUGCCCACGGUGACAGCCACUCGGAUCCUAAAGGGGCAAAUUAAUAACAAACUGGGACCCGAGACGCCCCUGGCCAUGGACCACUUUCCAUAUGUGGCUCUGUCCAAGACAUACAACGUGGACAGACAGGUGCCAGAUAGCGCAGGCACAGCCACAGCCUACCUGUGCGGGGUCAAGGCCAACUACCAGACCAUUGGACUGAGUGCAGCUGCCCGCUUUGACCGGUGCAACACAACACAGGGCAACGAGGUCAUCUCCGUGAUGUACCGGGCCAAGAAAGCAGGGAAGUCCGUGGGGGUGGUGACCACCACAAGAGUGCAGCACGCCUCGCCAGCCGGCACCUACGCGCACGUGGUCAACCGCAACUGGUACUCAGACGCGGACAUGCCCGCCAAGGCCCGGAAGGAGGGGUGCCAGGACAUCGCCCAGCAGCUCAUCUCCAACGUGGACAUUGAUGGUGCCCGGUACGUGUGGAACCGCCAGGCGCUCCUUCAGGCUUCCCAGGACCCCUCCGUAACACACCUCAUGGGCCUCUUUGAGCCAGGAGACACGAAAUACGAGGUCCACCGAAACCACACCCGGGACCCAUCCCUGAUGGAGAUGACGGAGGCGGCCCUGCACCUGCUGAGGAGGAACCCCCGGGGCUUCUACCUGUUUGUGGAGGGAGGCCGCAUCGACCACGGUCAUCACGACGGCAGGGCUUAUCUGGCACUGACGGAGGCCGUCAUGUUCGAUUCUGCCAUCGACAAGGCCAGCCAGCUCACGAGCGAGAAGGAUACUCUGACCCUUGUCACCGCUGACCACUCCCACGUCUUCUCUUUUGGUGGCUACACGCUUCGAGGCAGCUCCAUUUUCGGCCUAGCCCCCAGCAAAGCCCAUGACAACAAGACCUACACCUCCAUCCUGUACGGCAACGGGCCCGGCGGCUUCGCGCUCAAGGACGGCCCCCGGCCCAACGUCAGCGACAGCCAGAGCGGGUGCUCUGCCCUGCUCAUCUCCUGA